CUACUUCCUGUCUGUUGCCAGGGCAACAGCUAACAACAAAAACAACCUGGAGACGGCCGGGAGCAACGCUAACUUCACCGAUAAAUCCAGCGUGUUUUCUGUGUGAAGACUGACCUUAAAGAGGAGGCUUUUCCCCGCCAGGCUAACAAUGAGCCAGCGCCAGGUCAUUCAAGUUUUUGAGCAGUACCAGAAAUCAAGGAUGCAGUUUGUGCAAACUGUUGCUGACCUCGCGUCGCGGCCGCAAAACAUAGAAACCCUUCAAAACGCAGGUGUCAUGUCCCUGCUGCGUCCCCUGAUGCUGGAUGUGGUCCCCAGCAUCCAGCAGACGGCAGCUCUGGCUCUGGGCCGCCUGGCAGACCACAGCGACGACCUGGCCGAGGCUGUGGUGAAGGAAGACAUCCUGCCUCAGCUGGUCCACUCUCUGGCUUCGCAGAAUAGGUUCUAUAAGAAGGCUGCAGCGUUCGUGUUACGUGCAGUUGCCAAACACUCCCCCGAGCUGUCCCAGGCUGUGGUGUCCUGUGGGGGAGUGGACGCCCUGGUCCUGUGCCUGGAGGAGUUUGACCCCGGCGUGAAGGAGGCCGCCGCCUGGGCUCUCGGCUACAUCGCACGACACGGUGCAUCCUUGUCUCAGGCGGUGGUGGAUGCAGGUGCUGUCCCCCUGCUGGUGUUGUGUCUCCUGGAGCCUGAGUUGGCCCUCAAACGCAUCGCUGCUUCCACCCUCAGCGACAUCUCCAAACACACGCCGGAGCUGGCCCACUCUGUGGCGGACAGCGGCGCCAUCGCACAUCUGGCACAGAUGAUCCUCAACCCAGACGCCAAACUGAAGAGGCAGGUGUUCGCAGCCCUCAGUCAGAUCAGCAAGCACUCGGUCGGCCUGGCGGAGAUGGUGAUAGAAGCUGAGGUCUUCCCCGCGGCCGUGGCCUGCCUCAGAGAUCCGGACGAGUACGUCAAGAAGAACGUCGCCACCCUGAUGAGGGAGGUGGUGAAGCACACGCCGGAGCUGUCUGAGCUGAUUGUGAAUUGCGGCGGCCUGGCAGCAGUGGUUGACUAUCUGAGCUGUUGUCGUGGAAACCUGCGGUUGCCGGGCAUCAUGAUGCUGGGAUACGUGGCAGCUCACAGUGAGAACCUCGCCAUGGCUGUCAUUCUGUCCAAGGGGGUGCCCCAGCUGGCCCUGUGCCUCUCCGAGGAGCCUGAACAUCACAUCAGGGCGGCCACAGUCUGGUCCAUUGGCCAGAUUGGUCAUCACACCCCUGAGCACGCCAAGGCCGUGGCCACAGCGAACCUGCUGCCCAAACUGCUGGAGCUCUACAUGGACGCCAGCAGCUCGCAGGACCUGCAGGCCAAAAGUAAGAAGGCACUGAAGAGCAUCCUGCAGAAGUGCACCCACCUGCCGGCUCUGGAGCCCCUCCUCUACGAUGUCCCGAGCAACAUCCUCAAACACGUGCUCUGCCAGUUCAGCAAGGUGCUGCCUCACGACAGCAAGGCUCGCCGCCUGUUCGUCACCAGCGGGGGGCUGAAGAAAGUGCAAGAGAUCCAAGCCGAGCCGGGCUCCCUUCUGCAGGAGCACAUCAACGCCAUCAACGGCUGUUUCCCCGAAGAGAUUGUCAGGUACUACUCCCCUGGCUACUCAGAGGUCUUGCUGGAGCGGUUGGAGAACUACCAGCCCGCCUGACGUCACCUCCCUCAUCCUGUUUGAGCCUGAACACGAGGAUGAGCUGAGCUUCUGCACAAAACUCACAAAACUUAAGCUGUUGUAUCAAAAAGCGAUUUUCCAUCUUUUAUCAUGUGCUGCAUAUUUUACUGUGUGACAGGACAGACACUGACAGUAAACACUGUCUCCUUAUGUUGUGUAAGAGAGCCUAAAGACGAAAUAAAGGAUAAAGGUGUGACAUCACACACUUCCAAGGCGAGGAA